CGCCCCCACGUGCGAGCGUUGGGGCUGGGUCUCCCGAGUAGACGGUGGACUAUUCCAGUGUCUGUUGGAGGUUCUCUCGUUUGUGUUCUAGAGUUUGGACCUCAUGGCGGAGAUAAUUCAGGAACGCAUCGAGGAUAGACUCCCCGAAUUGGAACAGCUGAAGCGCGUUGGACUGUUCAGUCACGCGGAGAUUAAGGCUAUCAUUAAGAAAGCUUCAGAUCUAGAAUACAGAAUACAGCGAAGAGCUCUUUGUAAGGAAGACUUUAUCAAUUAUGCUCAAUAUGAAAUUAACCUUUUGGAGCUGAUCCAGAAGAGGAGAGCUCGCAUUGGGUACUCAUUUAAGAAGGAGGAGAUUGAGAGUUCCAUCAUCCACCGGGUGCAAGGCAUCUUCCGACGCGCUUCAGCAAAGUGGAAAGAUGAUGUUCAACUUUGGCUAUCCUAUGUGGUCUUUUGUAAGAAGUGGGCUACCAAACCUCAACUUAGCAAGGUGUUCUCUGCCAUGUUGGCCAUUCAUUCAAACAAGCCAGCUUUGUGGAUUAUGGCAGCCAAGUGGGAGAUGGAAGAUCGCUUGUCUUCAGAAAGUGCAAGACAACUCUUUCUUCGAGCUCUGCGCUUUCACCCGCAGUGUCCAAAGCUGUAUCAGGAAUACUUCAGGAUGGAGCUGAUGCAUGCUGAGAAAUUGAGGAAGGAAAAGCAAGAAUUUGAAAAAGCCAAAAUGGAUGUGGAACAUCUUGAUUAUCCUGAAGAAAUCCUUACGGGCGAGUUGGCACGGAUCAUCUACAAAAAUUCUGUAAGCAUAAUUAAAGGUGCAGAGUUUCAUGUGUCACUGCUUUCAAUUGCACAGCUAUUUGACUUUGCCAAAGACCUGCAAAGAGAAAUUUAUGAAGACCUUCAGGCUAUGCACACAGAUGACCCCCUUACUUGGGAUUAUGUGGCACGGCGAGAAUUGGAGAUUGAGUCGCAGCCAGGGGGAGAGCCGCCUGUGACUAAACAAGCCAAAGCAGAGGAGGUGGGCCGGAGGGAGGAGCGGUGCUGUGCUGUGUACGAAGAGGCGGUAACGGCUCUCCCUACAGAGGCCAUGUGGAAGUGUUACCUCAGCUUUUGCUUGGAAAGGUUUGCGAAGAAGACAAAUAGUCAGUCCCUCAGAAGGAAGAGGCUGGAAAGAACCACGACUGCGUUCAGGAAGGCGCAUGAACUUAAACUUCUCCCAGAAUUUCUAUAUAAGCAGUGGACUGAGCUGUUGCUGCAUCAAGACUUCCUCCAGGAGGCCCUGCAGGUGGCAGUAGCCGGGACUGAACUGUUCAGAGACUCUGUGACAAUGUGGCAGGUGAAACUGCAGGUGCUGGUUAAAGCAAAGAGCCCGGAUAUAGCCAUGCUUUUUGAAGAAGCCUUCGGGUGCCUCAAACCCCAGGUCUGUCUGCCGUUGUGGAUCUCUUGGGCAGAGUGGAGUGAAGGUGCCAAAAGCCAGGAAGACACUGAAGCCAUCUAUAAGAAAGCUCUCUUAGCUGUUAAGGGUGCUGACUCCGUCACUCUGAAGGAUAAGUACCUGGAUUGGGCUUACCGAAGUGGUGGCUACAAAAAGGCCAGAGCUGUGUUUAAAAGUUUACAGGAAAGCCGUCCAUUUUCAGUUGAUUUUUUCAGGAAAAUGAUCCAAUUUGAAAAGGAGCAAGAAUCCUGCAAGAUGGUGAACUUAAGAGAAUAUUAUGAGAGGGCUUUGAGAGAGUUUGGAUCUGUAGAUUCUGAUCUUUGGAUGGAUUACAUAAAAGAAGAAUUGAACCACCCCCUGGGUAGACCUGAGAACUGCGGACAGAUACAUUGGCGAGCCAUGAAAAUGUUGCAGGGAGAGUCGGCAGAUGUGUUUAUAGCUAAACAUGCUCUGCAUCAAGCUGGCCAUUUGUGAAAAGAGGAAGACCACGGCUGACUUGGCAAAAUAGUGUUGUGAGCCCUCUGGGCACUUUCAGGUUAUGAGUUCAUCUGCCAUUUGCAGACAAGAUUUUGUGACAUGUUCUAAUUUUGUUACUGUGUUAAUCUUUAAUUCCAGAAAAAGAGAACUGCUGUUCAGUGGCCAAAGGCUGCUUGUUGAGCUGGAUCUACUGUAGGUGCUAAAUGUUUCCUAAAAUUUGUGGAAAUUGUGCAGCUGAAUUUCUUUUAUUACUCCUGGUCAAGGAUGAAUGCCUCUAAUCUAGACCUAGGGGCCAGCUGAAAUGGAGGAGAAAGUAUGGUUGUUUGUUUAUUCUCUCUUUGUUACAAAAGUAUACCUGGUGUGCAUUUGUUGUAGAAAAUAUGGGGAGGAUAGAAUAAUGAAAAAAUAAAAGUAUCCUGUAAUGUCAUCUAGAGUUAAACUCAGUAACUUGGUUUUCUUGAUCAGAAUUGGAUUUAUCCUCUUAGAUCAUUUAUUCAUUCACUGCAUGGCCAUCAUAAGCAGGAAAGAAGAGAAGUUCUCUGGGAUGGAGUUAUGGGUUAGAGGAACACAGCUGGAUGUCCUGAGAGCUGGCUGAAGCAGCAGAGAAGGAUGCUGGGUACUGGGGCCAAAGUUGUCCUUUAAGAAGAAAGACAUUGUAAAAGUGUCUUCUGUCUCUGGGACUGAUCUACAGAGAAAUGUUUACAGCUGGAAUGAAACUGGAAGAGUCAGCAUAUGUGCUACGUCUCAGUACCAGAACCCAUAGGUAGAGACAAGGAUUGAAUCUUCAUGGGCGCUUUAUUUAUAUGCUGGUUAUCUGAGAAGAUACUGGGUUACUACCCUAAAAAGUGUCUUCAUAUUUUACCUCAACCUGACCUUUCUAUAGGGAGAAGAAAAGGAUAGGUAAGGAGUUAGGGAAAAGGUUAAACAGAUCAGAGUUGCAGACCAGGGGCAAUUUUCUUAGUAUUUCUUUGUCUACUGAUCAACAGUUCUUUAUCUGCAUCAUGGACAUUCACUGCCUGGAACACCAGGGCUCAGAUAUCUCAUCUCUUACAGACCCCCUGGGGCACAAAGGUUGAGUUGCUCGGCAACCUCCUGGAGUCUUAUAGGUCAUGCAUUCUGGUUCCUGGAAUAACAACUUUCCAUGUGUGUCAGUCACUUAAGCCUAUCAACUACAACUGAAUCGAAAACUCAGUUCCCCUAUCAGAAGGCCUGACAGCCAAAGAAGGGCAGGGAUAGGGAGUAGUUUAGAGCUGCUGAGAAGGGCUUCAGAGGCAUUGGCAGAGGAUGGUUUGGAGCAGAGAAGGGCAUUCUGGGAGCAGGGGAGGCAGUUUGAAUUUUGUAUACUUUGACUUAAUGUUAUGAGAAGCAUUCAGUACAGUUAUGUUUCACUUAAUGUUAAUUUUUCAUUUUAAAAUAGCCUUAAGAACAUUUCCCUCGGAGCAUUCCAGUGUGUAGAUGAGCCGUGACUGACUUUAUUAAUCUAUGAUUGGACCUUGUCAUUUCUAAUUUUUUUUAUAAAUGUUGAUGAAGAUUCUUGUAAAUCUUUGUUUAUAUCCGUGGUUAUUUUUUUUAGGAGAUUGACAUCUGACAGAAGUAUUGGAUUAAAGGACACAACUUAUUAAAGGAAUGUUGAUGUAUAUAGUGUCAACUUGCAAUGUAUGAAAAUGCUGUUGAGCAAUGUAUGAAAGUGUGAGCACCUUUAGCUGCAGUGGAUGUUUUAAAUUGUCAUUUUAAUAGGAGAAAAAAUAAUACUGUUUUCACGUGCAUUUCUUUGACAUUAACGAAGUUCGUGUAUUUUUCUUGGUUCUCUUGUUUUUCAUGUUUUUUGACAGUUUCUUAAAACUUUUUUCUUACUAAUUUAUAGGGGUAUUUUAAUAUAUUAAGAAUUUACUCUUUAGGUUGUCAUUAUUACAAAUAAUUGGCCCGAGAUGCCUUUAUUUUCUUUUGUCUGUGCGAUUUUUACUGUUGAUAACCCCUGUUCUUGCUGAGCACAGCUCAGAUUUUUUUCCCCCAAAACCAUUUGCGUCCAUUUUUCUCUCUGCUGAUUUGUGAUAAUAACUUGAUAUUAAAUUCCUAUGAAUAUUAGAGUCUGUUUUAGGUCAUUUUUAUUUUGAACUUUUGUCCUCGAAAUAUUUACUUUUCAUUUGUUUUAAAAUAUGAAAAAGUUUCCUCUUUCUGAUUAAUUCCAGGGAUGGUUGUCAUUCUAAAUCUGCACACAGCAUUUUUAUUUCAGUGAGGGGACACGUGCUGCAGGAGAGAGAGGAGAGCCGAGGGUGGAGGUCAGUGUCAGGACCCCAUUCCCACUAUGCUGUGUCUGGUUCUCACCACUGCAGGUUAUGCAAAGGCAUCUUGGUGGCCCACCUCAGGCUGCACUGUUAGCUGCGGUAGUUUCUAGCUCAUAUGGCAAUUCAAAUUGAUUAAAAUUAAUUCAGUUUUUCAUUUACACUAUCAACAUUUCAAGUGUUUAAUAGCCAUAUGUUUACCGUAUAGAACUGCACAGAUAAUAGAAUUUUUAUUCUUACUGCUGCAGAAGAUUCUAUUGGACAGAGUUGACCUAUAGAUAAAUUAGGUUGGGAGAAGCUGACUCACAGGUCGGAGCAGAGCACACAUUAAGUACCUGUCACAUGCUCUUCCCUGUGGGGAAGUGCACGGAGGAAAAAGGAAAAAGGAACAUUAGGUACCAACUGUUACACCAGUUUUUUCAAAUAUCUCACAUAGUUUUCAGGCAACACGUACUUUGAAGGAGGUGAAGGACUAGGUUCUGUAAUCUCCCAAAGAUUGUAUUAUCGUGGUCUGGUGAGCCAGCUCACAGCUUUCCUGCUACUUAAAUGUUAACAUGCUUAUCACACCUUGAGGCGGUUUGUUAACUUAGGCAGGGCGGGCAGGGAAAGGCAGUGAGUGAAGCAUGUUCUUGCCUAUCUUCUGCCACCUUCAGGUUGUAGAGGGCCAGACCCAAGCAAUUAAAAGAUCUUUUCCCAGGGCAGACUACAGUCAGCACAGUCCUAAAGGCUACUAUGACCAAGUGUCGUCAU